AUGGUGACAGUUACAGUACAAGCGAGCGAGAGAAGGGUAGUCAUCUUACUCUCCUUCAAUACAUUAAUCAAGCGAGUCCAGCAAACUGACCCAACCGACAAUCUGACAGCGCUUCCGGGCCAUCAUCCUCAACCAGCACAACCCCCCAACGCCACCACCACCCCUUCCCCCCCCCCAACCACAGCCACUUUCCGCCUAACCUCCGGACCGGCCUACGCCCUCCAACAAGACUCACCUACCCGUGAUCCGCCUGAACCUGCAGCACCUGCAGCCCCAGCACCAACAACAAUAACCAAAUCCCUCAGCGAGACAAGCUACGUCGGGGGUCCGCCACGACUGGGUGGUAAGUACCAGCAGGCGGUACCGGGCGUCGCGCUCCUCACGGAGGCCGGGUUUGAGGGAUGUGCGGCUGGAGGACCCGUUCGAUGAGCCCGCCGGAGCUGGUGCGGGCGUUUCAGCGAUCAGUGAUCUGUUUUCACGAACAAAAAUUCCGCGGCGCG